CCUUACUAAAACAAAUAAUAAGGAAUUCAUGGUUUAAAAAAGGUUCAUAUUUGGUUAAAAGUGUAUUAAAAAUGUAAAAAAGGAAUAGUUCAUAAAGGUUAAAAUAGUUUGAUAUAAGAGUAUAAGAUUUAAAUGACAUAAAUGUACAUAUUUAAUAUUUUAUUUUAUUUUGAAGAAAUUCGUAGGGAGAGAGGAAGUACUGAUGGAGAAGAAGUGUGAAUCCUGGUCAUUGAUUUGAUUAAGGUGUGAUUGACAGGUUCAGACCGGAGGUGAGCGAGUGGAGAGUGUGUGUUUUUUGAAGGGAACUUGACGGAGCGAGAGAGAGAGGGACGACGGCGUGAGUGCACAACGGAGAUGUAUGUUGCGAGUGUUACCUUUUAUAGAUUUAGUCAUUCAAGUGUGUAGUUUUCAGCGUUUAAGAGACUGUCUGCUCGGCACUCACGGACAUUGGAGCUACUGUUGUUUAAAGUACAGUUCAAGAAGUUUCAACGCGGGACUUCUGGCGAAGCUGCAUAGAUUUAGCUUAGCCCAGCUACUGAGCUAACUCGAGCGUUAGCAUUCGCUAUCAAAGCGAACGUGUUUAGCCGCGAGGAGUUAAAUCAGCUUCUGUUAUCGGCUGUGCCUUGUGGUCUCAACGCGGGAACAUAAGGAUUCGGCAUCAGACGCUGGCAGUGUGUGUGUGAGACUCGUCAUCGUUGGACAACGUCCCGGGCUGCGAGGGUGGCUCCAUCUCUGUUCACCGGUUUGUCUUCAGUCCACCUGUAGUGUCGUCUGCUUGGAGGUAACACUUUCCCUUUACUUUCCUGGAUCAUCGGAGCAGUUGGAUUUCCGCGCACUCAGAAGUCACCAUAUCAGGCCUGCAACGAGGUUAUUUUGUUUGCCGGCUGUGUGUAUGUGUGUGUGAGUGUGGGCCCACUGUUUUGUCUAAGUUUAUUAAUGAAAGUUACUGAAAUCUGAAUAUUCAGGGGUUUGAAUGUAAUUUGAUUCAUCUGAAAGUAUUUUUGCAUGUGUGUUUUGUUCGAAUACAUUUAAAACCUGAAUUAAAUAAUUGAUUUGUUUAUUUUUCCUAAAAAUAGUCUUGUGAUAAUUCUUUAAAGUCACCAUAGUUCACGUUGAGAUUACAGACAGUUAGAUUAAACAUUUUAUUCAAAGUUCUAUGCCAAAAAAGUAAAUUAAUCUAGGUGUAUCAGUUGAGUGUGUAUUAACAAACGAAAUCCAAAUAACUUACUUGAAAAUUAGGGUUAAAAUACAGUAAAUGAACCCAGAAGCCUGCCCUUAGUAUAAGGUCUAUUGAGGGGAGUGCUACAUAAAUGGAGGCACCGCUGGGAUAAAAUAAAUUAGGUUUGGAUUUCUAACAUAAUUGAAACAAAAUAAGACAAACAAAACAAUAUACAGUCAGUGUAGCAGCUUAAUUAAGUACAUCAAAGGUUGUCACAAUGUAUGGGAACAAGCUGAAGAACUGGUGUCGAGGUGAGAACUUGGAAGAGAGCCAAGCCUUGAUGACCAUCGUCCCUGAGAAUACAGAAAUAACAGAAAUAGAAGAGACAUUGCAAACUGUAAAAUGUUUGGGACGUGUACGAGUGAGAGGAAGAAUGCUAAGUGAAACUGGAAAGGAAGUACUAGUGCUUUGUGAGUGCAGAGAAAAAAUAACCAAUGCAAAUGUUCCAUCUGAAGUGUUGAGCUUGGAUGGGAAAACAGACUGGCCAAUUUUCACUGUUGCUGAAAGUGCAGGUUCUGAUAGAGACUUCAACCUUAAACUUAAUGCCCUACUACAGGCAGAAGGAAAGUCUAUGGAGGAUGUGCAAGCGUUACUGACUCCACAGCCAGUCUCACCUACUGAAGCCAUUCUUCGUGCCGUUGGCGACCUGUUCGAUAAAUCAGCUAAGCCAUCAGUGGAAAGUGGAGGAUACCGUCGGCUGCGGAUCUUUUCAGGAACUGUACCUACUCCGGCUGGAGAGGAACAAUUCGACCACUGGUUGGAGCAAGCUUACCUGAUGGUAGAAGAGAGUGAGGGUUCUGCAAAAGAUAAGAGGAGGAGAAUAAUGGAAAGUUUAAAGGGGCCAGCCUUAGAGGUGAUAAAAGCAGUGCGCCUGUCCGAUCCUGAUGUUUCCCCUGACAAGUGCUUAGAGGCUCUUGAAAAUGCCUUUGGACUAGCAGAGUCAGGAGAUGAUCUGUAUUUCGCAUUCAGAAUGCAGCAGCAGCAAGCUGGUGAGAAAUUAUCUGAUUUCUUAAGGAGAUUGGAGCGUUGCCUGUCCAAAGUGAUACAAAGAGGUGGCCUCCCUCCCAGGGCCAUGGAUAGUGCACGGCUUGAGCAGCUUCUAAGAGGUGCAGUUAAUGCUGACUUGAUGUUAAUUCAGCUCCGACUGAGAGAGAGAAGGGCCAACCCCCCAACUUUCCUUGAGCUCCUGAAAGAAAUUCGAACAGAAGAAGAGUAUGAAGCUUCCAGAGCAAAGCUAAAUCACUCAGUGUAUACAGUUCGUACCAAACUUCAAGAAGAAAGCAAACACUCAGAGAUACAGAGUUUGAGAGCUGAAAUUAAAGAAGUAAAAUCAAUGUUUGCAGCACUCUCUACACAAGAUGAAUUGACACAAAAUGAAAAUCAGCAGAUUAAUUUGGAAAAAACUCCAGAGACUAAUGUGGAUCCAGAGGUGGUAGCUCUGAGGAAACAAGUGAAACACUUACAGCAGAAAGUGAACUCAAGAUUGCCUCGUCCAUCUACAGCUUCACCUACAGUUAUGACUGUAAACACUCCACACAGACAAGGGGCUGAAGUAGAGGAACGUUUCUGUUACCGCUGUGGUGAAAUUGGACACAUGGCAGGAAAGUGCCAAAACCCUGAGAACCAACACAAAGUGAUCCAGAAGCUCAUUCAAGCUCUAAAAAGGGCCAAGACCAACAGCUCUCCAUCUACUGGUGGUGCCGCCUCACAAGAAACUAAUUGCACUGUGAGAAAGAGUGCAGUGGACAGGCUUGAUCCAGUAGGUAUACCAGAGGGUUUAAUAGGGCCACCAUCUUUGGAGCCUCUGAAAGUGAAUGGACAUUUGUGUAACGCUUUACUUGAUAGCGGUUCUCGGGUUAGCAUCAUCUUUGAAUCCUGGUACCGGAAAUAUCUGGCUGAUACCUCUAUUCACCCAGUGAGCAAACUCAACAUUUGGGGUUUAAGCGACACCAAUUACCCCUACCUUGGCUAUGUGGUGGUGGACAUCGAGUUCCCAAAGAAAGUAGCAGGAACACCCACUGCUCUAUCGGUCCUGGCCCUUGUUUGUCCUGAUCCACCUGGUCCCGAUCAGACACCUGUGAUUCUAGGGACAAAUACCAAGGCUAAUCUGUCCAAACGAUUAGCUCAGCUACGUGAAGAUGAGGUUGGAGCGACUGUAGCCCACACCUUUUGCAUUCAGAACACUGGCCCUGUAAGAGGAAAAGAAAAAAUCAUGGACUGGCCAAAAGAAGAAGAUGAUGAGGAAGUAGGUUCUGUACAGUUGGAGGGUCCAAGCUCACUUACACUGGCUGCAGGCGGCAGUGGUAAAGUAGUCUGUAAAGUUGUGCUUGGAAAGUCACUACCAAAUGAUAUCCUGAUGGUUGAAGCCUCAAGUACAGCUACUCUCCCAUCUGGCAUCUUGCUGCAACCUAUGGCGAUACCAAGUAAUGCUGUGGACAUUAAUCGACUCACAGUUCUGGUUCAAAAUGAGUCGCAGAAGGAAGUGACAAUUCCAGUAGGUGCUGUCUUGGGUCAUCUGUGUGUCACUGACGUAGUUACCACAAUGUCAAAACAAGAAUCAGCAGCUGAGGAAUUUGAUAUCAGUAUGAUCAAUUUUGGUGAGUCGCCUGUCCCGGAGGGAUGGAAAGUAAGGCUCCGACAAAAGCUGUUGGAAAGAGCCGAUGUAUUUUCCCUUCAUGAACUGGACGUGGGACUCGCCAAAGAAGUGGAGCAUCCAAUCCGCCUGGCUGACUCACGACCCUUUCGCGAACGCUCCAGGCGCAUUGCUCCAGCGGAUAUCGACGAUGUGCGGCGUCAUAUUCAGAAGCUAUUGGCAGCAGGCAUCAUCAAGGAGUCCAGAAGUCCAUACGCAUCGCCCAUAGUUGUUGUUAGAAAGAAAAAUGGGGAUGUAAGGAUGUGCAUCGACUACCGUACGCUCAAUAGCCGUACUGUUCCAGAUCAAUACACCACCCCACGUAUUGAUGAGGCUCUUGACUGUCUCUCAGGUAGCCAAUGGUUUUCCGUCCUGGACUUGAGGAGUGGCUAUUAUCAAAUAGCCAUGAAAGAAGAGGACAAGGAAAAGACUGCUUUCAUUUGCCCUCUUGGGUUUUAUCAGUUUGAAAGGAUGCCUCAGGGCAUAACAGGAGCGCCUGCGACUUUUCAGAGGCUUAUGGAGAAAGCCGUUGGGGAUAUGAACAUGCUCCAAGUAUUAGUCUACCUUGACGACUUGAUUAUUUUUGGAAAGACCCUGGCAGAACAUGAGGAGAGACUCGUGAGAGUUCUCGACAGACUCAGAGAAGUAGGACUCAAGGUUUCGCUUGACAAAUGUCAGUUUUGUCAAACAAAGGUCAAGUAUGUGGGUCAUAUAGUGACCGCUCAGGGUGUUGCAGCUGACCCUGCAAAAGUUGAAGCUGUGACCACUUGGCCCAAGCCUUACAACCUCAAGACCCUACGCUCCUUUCUGGGUUUUUGUGGGUAUUAUCGACGAUUCAUCCACAACUACUCUUCCAUCGUCCGCCCUUUGACUGACCUCACCAGAGGUUAUGGCCCUACCAAGCGUGGGAAGAAGCCCACAAAAAGGGAAAAUAAUGUCUAUUUGGAUGAGAGAGAACCGUUUGGAUACAGGUGGGAUGAGUCAUGCACUGAAGCUUUUGAGAAGAUAAAAGACUGUCUGACAAACGCUCCAGUUUUAGCCUUUGCUGAUCCUAGCAAACCAUAUACGCUGCACGUGGAUGCUAGCCUCUCGGGGCUUGGAGCUGUUUUGUAUCAAGAAUAUCCGGAAGGGCUGAGGCCAGUCGCAUUUGCGAGCCGAAAACUGAGCUCUUCCGAAAAGAAUUAUGCCAUCCACCAGUUGGAGUUCCUGUCUCUCAAAUGGGCAGUUGUUGAAAAAUUUCACGAUUACCUUUAUGGAGCCCGUUUUACGGUGCGUACUGACAACAACCCUCUAACUUAUGUCCUUUCAUCAGCUAAGCUCAACGCUACAGGGCAUCGAUGGUUGUCAGAUUUGUCAGUGUAUGAUUUUGACAUCAUCUAUAGACCUGGCAAAAAUAACAUUGAUGCUGAUUUGUUGUCCCGCAUGGAGCCAGAGGAAGAGGAAAUGGAGUGGCAGAGCAUCUCUCAGGCUGGAGUCAAGUCAAUUUGCCAGCGAAUCGGCGUGCUUGGUUCAUCUGCAGACUCUCCUAAGUAUGCUGAGCAGCUUGGAGCGACACCUGACUGCAUCCCUGAUGUGUAUGCAUUCCCCACACAUCUUCAGCUGAACUCGCUGGAACAAAUGUCCAGACAGGACUUAAUGGCAGCCCAAGUUCAAGAUCCUUUGAUAGAACCUACUAUACAAGCUAUGAAGUGUGGAAAGUGGCCAGACAACCCUGAGUUGCUGCCUAUGAAAAGAGAGAUGGGGAAGCUGUUCAUGACUCAUGGAUUACUCCAUCGGGUGAGCACAAGUCAUACAGGAGAAAAGACGCAUCAGCUAGUGCUACCGGCUAAGUUCAAGGCUGUGGUACUUAAGUCAAUGCAUGAUGACCUAGGCCAUUUAGGAGUCGAGAGAGUUACUGAUAUGAUCAGGAGCCGGUUCUUCUGGCCAAAGAUGUCAACUGAGGUCGAGCAAUAUGUGAGAAACUGUGGAGAGUGCGUUCUCAGGAAAACUCCGUGUCACAGGGCUGCACCUUUACACCAAAUUGUAAGUUCUGGGCCUAUGGACCUAGUCUGUAUUGACUUCCUGUCAAUGGAACCUGACUCUAGAGGAGUGAGCAAUGUGCUUGUCAUAACCGACCAUUUUACAAGGUAUGCCCAGGCUUUUCCCACGCAAAACCAAAAAGCCCUCACAGUUGCGAAGGUUUUAGUAGAAAAGUUUUUUGUGCAUUAUGGCUUGCCAUCCCGGAUACAUUCCGAUCAAGGCAGAGACUUUGAGUCUCGACUCAUUAAAGAGCUGUUGAAGAUACUGGGCAUACGCAAGUCACGGACCACUCCGUAUCACCCACAGGGUGAUCCCCAACCCGAGCGGUUCAAUUGAACGCUGCUGUCCAUGUUGGCCACGCUUAACCAGGAAAAGAAACGGCGAUGGAGUCAGCAUGUGGUACAUCUGGUACAUGCAUAUAACAGCACUAAGUCCGAUGGCACGGGAUAUUCCCCAUAUUUUUUGAUGUUCGGACGUGAGGCCAAACUUCCCUUGGAUGUAUGUUUUGGGACAUGCCCAAAUGGAAAGGGUGACCAACCACACUCUUCAUAUGUUGGCAAACUAAAAGAGAACCUACAGGAAGCCUAUAAACUGGCUACAGAGGCCUCUAAUAAAAGACACCAGCAAAACAAAAGAGCUUAUGACAAGAGGCUCCGUUUUCACACUCUAGAACCUGGUGACCGAGUAUUGCUGAAGAAUCUUGGAUUAAAGGGCAAACACAAGUUGGAGAAUCGCUGGUAUGAUGUUCCUUAUGUGGUGGUGGAUAAGAUGCCGAACUUGCCUGUCUACAGAGUGAAGCCAGUGGAUGGGAAAGGAAAGUUUAAAACUUUGCAUAGAGAUAAUCUCCUUCCUUUAGGAGAUCUUGUAAGGAUCCCGGUGUUGGACAACACCGAGGACGUGCCAAAGAAAGCAGCCACACAAAGUCGUGCUUUCAACAGACACAAAAGAAGCAUCACAGAUCACACUCUACCAAGGGAGUCUAAUACAUCAACGGACUCGUCUGAUCUGGAGUGUGAAUGGCCGACUAGACCCUACAGGAAGUUUGUAGAAAAGAUCAUUCAAGGGAGGGGAAGACACAGUGCUGAUGGAUCAGAGCACUUGGAAGCUACCUGUCCUUCAGAUGGACGUCACUCCGAGAGAGGUGACUCACUUGUAGAUCAUGGUCAAGAUGUUGCUCUUGAGACGGAUUCUGAGCCAGAGCCCAUCUCCAGUGAAGAUGCACAACCUCAGUCGAGCUGUUCUAAUGUACAUGUGACACCAAAGUCAACUAGGCCUAAAAGAUCAUUAAAACCAGUGAUGAGACUUACCUAUGAUGAGCCGGGUAAAGCAAAAGAUCAGCCUAUUACCAUCGUGCAUAGAGGUGUAACUAUAAAAAUAGGUAAGCAUUAAUACGAGUCUAUGUUAACCCAUUCUUACUUCUUAAUUUCUGAGUAGACAGUAAAGUUUGAAUUCUACCGAUCUGAUGAGGACAUCAGAUAUUUAAAGGGGGAAGGGUGUAACCCGGUUAAGAAUCCUUACUAAAACAAAUAAUAAGGAAUUCAUGGUUUAAAAAAGGUUCAUAUUUGGUUAAAAGUGUAUUAAAAAUGUAAAAAAGGAAUAGUUCAUAAAGGUUAAAAUAGUUUGAUAUAAGAGUAUAAGAUUUAAAUGACAUAAAUGUACAUAUUUAAUAUUUUAUUUUAUUUUGAAGAAAUUCGUAGGGAGAGAGGAAGUACUGAUGGAGAAGAAGUGUGAAUCCUGGUCAUUGAUUUGAUUAAGGUGUGAUUGACAGGUUCAGACCGGAGGUGAGCGAGUGGAGAGUGUGUGUUUUUUGAAGGGAACUUGACGGAGCGAGAGAGAGAGGGACGACGGCGUGAGUGCACAACGGAGAUGUAUGUUGCGAGUGUUACCUUUUAUAGAUUUAGUCAUUCAAGUGUGUAGUUUUCAGCGUUUAAGAGACUGUCUGCUCGGCACUCACGGACAUUGGAGCUACUGUUGUUUAAAGUACAGUUCAAGAAGUUUCAACGCGGGACUUCUGGCGAAGCUGCAUAGAUUUAGCUUAGCCCAGCUACUGAGCUAACUCGAGCGUUAGCAUUCGCUAUCAAAGCGAACGUGUUUAGCCGCGAGGAGUUAAAUCAGCUUCUGUUAUCGGCUGUGCCUUGUGGUCUCAACGCGGGAACAUAAGGAUUCGGCAUCAGACGCUGGCAGUGUGUGUGUGAGACUCGUCAUCGUUGGACAACGUCCCGGGCUGCGAGGGUGGCUCCAUCUCUGUUCACCGGUUUGUCUUCAGUCCACCUGUAGUGUCGUCUGCUUGGAGGUAACACUUUCCCUUUACUUUCCUGGAUCAUCGGAGCAGUUGGAUUUCCGCGCACUCAGAAGUCACCAUAUCAGGCCUGCAACGAGGUUAUUUUGUUUGCCGGCUGUGUGUAUGUGUGUGUGAGUGUGGGCCCACUGUUUUGUCUAAGUUUAUUAAUGAAAGUUACUGAAAUCUGAAUAUUCAGGGGUUUGAAUGUAAUUUGAUUCAUCUGAAAGUAUUUUUGCAUGUGUGUUUUGUUCGAAUACAUUUAAAACCUGAAUUAAAUAAUUGAUUUGUUUAUUUUUCCUAAAAA